AUGGGGGCCGAAGGAGCUGUUUGGAUUCACCGUAAGGAAAGGGAAAUCAAACGAGGAAGUCAGCCCUACCCCUGGGGCACGUCUGUUGGUGGCCUGGGCGGUGGGCUCCGGCGCACGGCGACCCCCGUGGAGCCGCGGCCCGGCUCCGCCCUCUCCGCCCCUCAGGUGAUGCUGCUGCCGCCCCGGCCGCCCGCCCUGCGCUCCUCCCCGGAGGCCGUGGACGCCGCGCCCACCCUCCGGGCCUCCCCGGAAGCCGUGGACCCGCCGCCCUCGCAGGUCGACCCCCCGCCCCCGCAGGUCGACGCCCCGCCCGCCGAGUCGUCCCCGCCGCGCUACUACCUGCUCAUCGACACGCACGGCGUGCCCUACAAGUACUCGACGCACCGCAAGGAGGGCUGGCGGCCGCCGGUGGAGGAGCCGGCCCCCAGCCAGGCGGAGGAGGAGGGCCGCAGCUGCCCGUGCCUGGAGUGCGGCCGCGUGUGCAGCUCGCCCAUGCAGCUGCAGCGCCACCUGCUGACGCACUCCAUGGUCAGGCCCUUCACCUGCGACACCUGCGACCGCGCCUUCAAGCGCUCCAGCGACCUGGCGCGGCACCGCCGCAUGGCGCACAACACGCUGCGGCGCCCGGGCACCGACCGGCCCUACGUCUGCCCCUACUGCCCGCGCCGCUUCCAGGACACGGCCACGCUGGCCGAGCACGUGCCCACGCACUAG